AUGACUUCGGACCCCGCUAAUAAUAAUCGCCGGAAAGAUUUGGACCUGAAUAGAUCCAACUCCACCGCCAACAUCUUCCUAGGCGGUGCGCGGAAAUCGUGGAUGUCGACCACCGCAGCUACAAGCCAGCACAGCUCCCAGAACCCACCAGUUUCGACGUCCGAGUCCAAUUCCAGACCGAUUUCAUCCUCCAUUCCCUCAGCGUCAAACCCGGCCUCUGCUCCUCCGCCUCUGCCUCCGCCUCCUGUUACCCUUCCUCGUUCUCAUCCUGCCUCUCCCGCUGCUUGCUCGCCCGCUCCAGCGCGGUCUGUGGCCGCGGUCUCGUCGACUUCACCGACGCGCCUGGCUGGCAUGCGAGAUUUUCCUUCUCAUCAACUCCAGAGUAUCGCAUCAUUCCGCGAAAAUCAAGGUCCUGAGACCUCAGUCGUCUCCGCCGCUGCCCGGAAUGUCCAGGUCCCGCCGCCCUCCAAUACACCUCCAUCGACAAUCCGCUCCCCCGCCUCUCAUGUUCAGCCUCUUCCUGGGCCGGUCGAGCCUCCAUUGCAACGGCAGAAGCCACAGCAGCGCCAGAAGCCCAAACAGCAACAGUUGCAGACUCACCUGCAGCAGGAGUCGGCUUCCUCACUUCCCUCUCCCGACCCCACCAUUCAUCCCAGGUCGCAUGCCAGCCCGAUAACUGCCAUUGAGAGAAAUAAUGGACCGCCGCCCAUACUCAGUCCCUCCACAACUGCGUUUCCGUCGCCCCCCGGUCAACAAGCUCCUUCGGUGCAACGGCGAUCGUGGCCGAAUGCUCCCAUCGCCAGUACACCUCCCACAUUGUCAAGUGAUCAACCAGGCGUGCCAGCUCAGGGAGGAAGCACUCAUAUAGGUCGAUCCAGUUACCCCAACCACCCCCAUCCGACUCCUGGUGCUCGUGUUCCUGCUGCUGCCCUUGCGUCGCAGCAGCAGCAGCUGCAGCAACAUCAUAGUGCCGCCCUCCCAGCAACCUCCAACGGCUCUAGCUCGGUCAUUGAUCCUGGAUUUUUUAUGCGAGCUAAGCAAAACUUGGAAGCGCACGUAAGGACGGCGUCGCAGGAAAAUAGGUUCUCAGAGCUAGUGGAACUUCCACGAGCUCACCUUCUAUUCAGUGCCUGUGAGCAGCAAGACAUCGUAUAUAUCGCCCUUCAUCAGAUUUACUGCCUGAGCAGCAUUUCUGAGCCCGACUUCCUUAAUCUUCCUGGCUUCUCUCAUGAUGAUGAACGGGGCUUGGUUAUUGUCCGAAAUCUUCUGGUGGACAACUGCCGAGUCUCGCCCGGCUUCUUGCAGUGGUUCGUCAAUUUCCCGCUCCCUCUGCCUGAGCUACUUCAAGACCCAACCUAUCUGUGGGCCGUCAAUAAAGUGCAGCGCAUCUUGGUUGGAUUUGCAAACGGUUGGGAUGCCCUCGAAGACAAGGUGAAAAAAACCCAACUCCCACCACUUGUGGAGGAUAUGGUAAACUUGCUCAAUGUGGAGUCAUCAGUGGUGCAGUACAACGUUUUUCUAUGUCUUUGUCGGAGGAUACAUGGUGUUACGUUAGAAAACCGUCUAUACCAGAUCUUCACGAGGGACCGUGACUUCUACCAAAACAGCAGUAUUUCGCAAGUUUCGCAAGACCAGAGGCAUGGUCAGAGGCGCCUUCAAAACGAUCAUAUAGUGGCUAUGUACCGUGAGGGUAUCGAGGCUAUGCGAAACAAUGCUCCUACAGGACAACCCGGAGUCGCAACUUCCGCUUCCAGUUUGCCGGCCUCAAGCCAGACGGUGUCAGGCUCCGUGCCUACACACAUGACCCAACGGAGUGCGCAAAAUCCUUCUCAUAUGCAACAAAAUCCGGGAACACAAAGGAUGAACGGCACAGCUCCACUGCCCGUCAUGAAUUCCGCUAGCGUGGCGCAGCCUGGCCCUCAACAACUGGGUUUUAGUCAACCGCCCAUGCAACAGGGCAGCGUCGGCCCACAGAUAUUUCCAUCGCAGAUACUUCCAUCCCAGGCCGCGGGCGUGGUCUUAUCACCAGUUAUGGCUACUGUACCACACAUGGUACAGCAUCCCCCGCCUCCAGGGCGAGGACGUUUCAUCCACUAUACCCCCCGGCAGCAUCUGCAACCAGCGCCGCAGAGCGUGAGGACCCUUCAACAUCCACCCCAUCACCCGCAUAUGCCGGCAGGCUAUAGAGUCCAGCACCCAAGCGUACAAAAUAUAACACCACAGCAACGGCCAACUGGUCAGAUGUCCGCUUUGUUACUGCCGCGGCCAAAUGUGCCUCCUGUGAUGAACACGCGGCCAAACCCUAAUCGACUUGCGAUUCACCAGGCCCAUCUUCGCGAUCCGGUAAAUCAAUUCGUUUCUGUUGAUGCCACAGGAGCAGAAAGCCCAACAGAGCUGUUACCCCACGUUACCUCCUUCUUGGUGAAGCCAAAGGUUCUCAGUAAAGAUGAGGUCUCCUGUAAAUGGGAGGUAUCAUUGUCGGCGGAAGAUUUCCACCGUCGGCCCGUUUUCGAGAAUCCGGGAACGGGAAACCGUAUGCUUCAAAUAUCUAAAGAGGGCACUCAGCUUUAUCGUCUAAGAUGCGUUAAAGUUCCUCGAUCAACCACGGAAUUGAGUGAGCACUCUUGGUGUGUUUCUGAGACUGCAUGGCCUACUGCAAUAUACUUGUUCGUGAACAACCAGGAGCAUUUUCCACGACGCAAAAUCCACAACACUAGGGAUCUCCCGUUGGACAUUACGCUAGCUCUCCAAGAAGGCAUGAAUAACAUCAACGUUCAAUUCAUCCCAGGCCCAGCCGAACAAAAGAACUUCACCUAUGCCGUGGCUGUUGAAAUACUCGCCUUCACGUCGUUCGGUAAUGCGAAGGCUCUCUCCAAGUCUCUGCCCGCUGUUGAAUCACAAAAGCGUAUAUGUGGAAGACUCACACGCGAUUCUGAAAAUGAGGACGAUGAGCUGAGCAUCGUGAGCGACGAUCUCAAGGUUACCCUCGUUGAUCCAUUCACAGCACGCCUCUUCGAAGUCCCCACGCGCGGUUCUCACUGUGAACACACGGAGUGCUUCGAUCAGGACACGUUUCUGCAGACUCGUGUCCUCAAAUGCGGAUACCGUUCCGCCAUAGAAGCAGACUGGAGGUGUCCCAUUUGCCGUCGGGAUGCGCGCCCGCAAAGCCUAAUCGUGGACGAAUUUUUGGCCAAUGUGCGCAAAGAGCUGGAACACACCAACCGGUGUGACGGUGCCCGCAUACUGCAAAUCAAAGCUGAUGGGACUUGGGAGGUGAAAACCGACGAUGACCUUGCACCUUCCGAGAAACAGACGCCUCAACCCUCGCGCACUACAUCAAAGCGAAAAUCGAGUACUUUAGAGAGCGGACCGCUCCAACGACCGAAGAUCGACCGCUCAUCAUCUACGCCAGCGAGGAUACUGAAUGAAAACCAGCCCCCAACGGUUAUUAUCUUGGACUGA